AUCAGGAGUGUGUACCAGCAAAAGCAUGGUCCUUCCAAGUCUCUUGCAGAGGAGUCUAUCCGUCCCGGUUUCAUGGAUGGAGCUUUUCAUCGCGCUUAGGACAACACUGUGCUACCAUACCUCCUGCAUUGGCUACGCGCGCAGGACAUGGAUGCUGCAACAAUGAAUGGCACCGCGACGCCGGCGCGCAAUUGUCCGGAACCUAUUGCAAUUGUAUCAAUGGCCUGUCGAUGGCCUGGCGGCAUUGCUUCUGCUUCAGAACUAUGGGAUCUGCUGAAGGACAAGCGUUCCGGAUACUCGGACUUCCCCCAGUCGAGGAUCAACGCGGAAGGAUUCUAUCAUCCAGAUCAACACCGACCGGGAAGCUUCUACACCCAAGGCGGCUUCUUUCUACAAGAUGAUCCGAGGAAGUUUGACCACAAGCUGUUUGGCAUUAGCCCAGUUGAGGCUCGCACCAUGGACCCAGCCCAGAGGAAACUUCUCGAAGUAACUUUCGAGGCUUUUGAAAACGCUGGAGCGCCAUUGGAGAGAGUCUCAGGAAGCAGGACGGGCGUCUAUGUGGGCAACUUCAAUGCAGACCACCAGGCUAUGCAAUUCCGAGAUCCGGAUCACCCAUUGCCAUAUGCGGCAACUGGUGGAGGAGUAACAAUUCUCAGUAACAGGAUCAGCUACGUCUUUAACCUGAAAGGGCCAAGCCUGACCGUCGACACAGCGUGCUCAUCGGCCAUGUAUGCAUUGCACAUGGCAGUAAGCGCAAUCAGAGCGCGAGAGUGCGACGCAGCAAUAGUAGCGGGAAGCAACCUCAUUCUCGACCCUGCUGCCCAGAUCUUCACGACCAAACUUGGUGCAAUUUCGCCAACUUCCGUUUGUCAUACCUUUGAUGCCGCGGCAGAUGGAUAUGCUAGAGCGGACGGCUUCGGUGCGCUAUAUCUAAUGAGCCUGGAGAAGGCCAUCGAAGGAAGGUAUCCCGUCCGUGCUGUAAUACGCGGGACCGCAAUCAACGCGAAUGGUCAUGGAAACGGCAUCACGCAUCCAAGCGUCGAAGGCCAAGAAGCCGUCAUUCGGCAAGCCUAUCACUGCGCAGGAGACUUGAACCCAGCCGAUACCGGAUAUUUCGAAUGUCAUGGCACGGGGACACCUGUCGGGGAUCCGAUUGAGGUAUCAGCCAUCGGCAGAGUCUUCGCAGAGCAUCAUACCCACUCUCCACUUCUCAUCGGAUCCAUCAAACCGAGUCUAGGUCAUAGCGAGUCUGCUAGCGCCAUUGCUAGCAUUAUGAAAGCUGUCCUUGCUAUUGGCAGAGGCGAGAUACCCCCGACCGUUGGCAUCACAAACUUCAACCCCAACAUUGACUUCAACGGCGCUUGCGUGAAGGUGGUUACAGAUUUGACUCCAUGGCCAUCCGGAGCUCCGCGAAGAGUCAGCAUCAACUCCUUUGGUUAUGGUGGAGCGAACGCUCACGUGAUUCUCGAUCAUGCCCAGGAAGUCUUAUCAGGAUACUGCAAACUUCCAGACAAGAUUCCUUUUCGGACCAACGGGGUGCCAAAGUCAUAUAAUAUCAAUGCUCGUGCGCCUUGCAGCGGAGUCAUUGCUGAGGAGGAGUGCUCUACCAAUGAGCCGGCCCACUCAUCUGAAUCACGUCGGUUUCUUCUGCCAUUUUCUGCUCAUGAUGCGGAAUCGUUGAAGGCAAAUAUUCGGAAUUUGUCAAAUUUACGCCACGAUCAUGACCUCAAGAGUCUCUCAUACACACUCGCUGCACGCAGGACGCUAUAUCCGUCUCGUGCUUUUGUCAUGCUCUCCAGCGAUUUGCCACCCACAGGCCUCAAUCUGAGCGACUGUGUCUUUGCGAAGCAUUCAGCGUCUCGAGAACCAACCUUGUGCUUUGUGUUCACCGGCCAAGGCGCUCAAUGGGUGGGGAUGGGCUCGGAGCUAUAUGAGAAGUACUCUGCCUUUACCAGUUCCAUCGACGAUCAAGACGCUAUAUUAGCGCGGCUUUCCAAUGGUCCGAACUGGCGUAUCGCUGGCGUGCUGCAGGAUAUGGAGAAUGUCUCUAUCCAUCAUCCGGAGAUAUCUCAGACAGUUUGCACCGCCUUACAGGUCGCUCUGGUGGAUUUGCUAGCGAGCUGGAAUAUUACACCUGUUGCUGUCGUUGGUCAUUCUUCUGGAGAAAUAGCAGCCACGUAUGCAGCGGGACGCAUCAGUGUGGUAGAAGCCAUCCUCGCCGCAUACUUCCGGGGCUAUGCUGCAUCGAAAUUGGAGAAACGCGGGAAAAUGGUUGCGGUCGGCCUUGGUGUUGAGCAAUUGACUCGUUAUCUCGAAGGGAAAGAGUCUCGAGCCCGAAUCGCUGCGAUCAACUCUUCCGUCGCCGUAACUCUAUCAGGAGAAAGCGAUGCUAUCGAUGAUUUAAGCCGCCAAUUCGAGGAAGAGGCCAUUUUCUGCAGGCAGCUGCAAACGGGUGGAAUGGCAUAUCACUCUCAUCAUAUGGCGGAGGUUGGGCUCCUCUAUGAACGACUUCUUGACAAUGGACUAGCUGAGCUGAAGCAUCUCAUUCAGAAUAAGGUCGCAGCCGAAUCACCCCUCGUCUGGUCCUCUUCAGUUUGGCCACACAAACGCUCCUCCAAGAUCACUAUAAAUUCAAAAUACUGGCGUAGGAACCUCGAAUCCCCGGUCCGAUUCAGCGAGGCUGUGGAGAACCUCCUUCAGCAUGACGUCUCUACAUUCCUAGAAAUAGGACCCCACCCUGCCCUUCGCUCCACCUUGAAGCAGAGUUUCAAGUCACCUAAUCCUUCAGCUAAGGAUGAAUUAGCUAUCCUCGCAACCCUCAGCCGGCACCGCGAUAGCGUGACCAGUCUUCUAGAGCUUAGUGGAUAUCUCUUCCUUCACGGCUACCCGGUGGAUAUCUCUCAAGCGAACCAGACUACCAAAGUGACUCAGACAUGCCAAGACUUGCCGAACUACGCCUAUCAUUACGGCGAGAUUCUCUAUCACGAAAGCAGAAUGAGCAAGGAGUGGAGGCUGAGGAAACAUUUGCGUCACGAUCUUCUUGGGGCCCGCCGUACUGGGGACUCGGGACUGCACCCGUCGUGGCGGAAUGUGAUUGUUUUGAAUCACGUACCGUGGUUGAGGGACCACAAGCUAGGCUCUCAUAUCGUCUUCCCGGCCGCGGGUUACGUCUCCAUGGCCAUUGAAGCUAUGCGUCAACGACAUUUAGAAACGGCACCGGAAAUGUCGAUUGCUACAUAUUCCCUUCGCAACGUGGCCAUCAACUCGGCGCUGGAGAUACCAGACGACGACACUGGGGUGGAGAUUGUCCUGAAUAUGCAGAGUCAAGCACUUACAACGUCAACCUCGUCCUGUUGGUAUGAGUUUAAAGUCACGUCGUCGCGGGAUUCUGGAGACUGGAUCGAGAACUGCACCGGACUGAUCAGCGUAAACUAUUCAGGGUCCUCCUCACGCAUUUCCGAAGCGGAAGAAGCGAAUGGCAUGGUGAAGGUCCAAGCCAAACGAUGGUACCAGAAGUUCUCAGAGCUAGGUAUCGUGUACGGACCGUUCUUCCAAGCAAUAUCCUCCCUCUCAGCCUCGAAGGCCAGAAAUGGCGCGCAGGCAUUCAUCAAUUUGGCCAAGACGUCGGGUUCUAUGAUUCGCGAGUCGGGAUAUGUCAUCCACCCCACGGCACUGGAUAAUUGCCUUCAGCUUGCGCUCGUUGCAUCUCAUGGUGGCGACAUCGGCGCCGCUCGCUCCGCCUACGUUCCUACACUGCUUAGCGACUUAACAGUAUGGGUCCCUUCCCGAGAUACUUUCGCGCAUGCAUUUGCGGAAGGGCGCUUGGUCGGACCAAGAGGAUUGAGCGCGAGGGUAAGGCUCGAGACAGAGGCCGGAAAGCCGCUUCUUCAGCUAGAGUCUCUGCGAUGCGUCGCUCAAACUUUGCCACCAGGAAGCACAUCCACAAAUGAAACGAGACCCCACAACCCUUUUAGCAGGCUCAACUGGAAGCCUGAUAUUGACGCUCUGUGCAAUACUGACGCGCAGAGGCUAUUUCCACCUCCUGGCGAUGGACGACUAGCAAAACAUGCUUUCGAAGGGCUUGCGAGGCUUUCCGCAUGUGUGCUUGUUGAUAUCGCGACCAGGUUCCCACGAGAACAGGCAAAUGGCACGUCGGAAACCGUCCGGAGGUUCUUGGCUUGGGUUCACCGAUGGUACGAUCAGCGGGCAAGUUGCACACCUUAUGGACUGGAAGCCCUGCUGUCAUUCCCUCACGAUCGUUCAGUCAUAAUCAAUGCUCUAUUCUCGGAAUUGGAGGACGUUGUAGAGGCAAGAAUCAUCAGGCGAGUCUACGAGAACCUUUCAGUGAUCGUCUUGAAAGAGGGAGACGGUCUUCAGCUACUUCUCCAAGAUGGCUUGCUCGCCGACUUAUACACUAUCGGCGUUGGUACGACAUGGGCCUACCCUCAGCUCCAGAAAGCUAUUGAUCUGAUCGCACAUAAGCACCCUCGUGCUAAGAUAAUCGAGAUUGGUGCAGGAACCGGUGGCGCGACCAGACGCAUCAUGGAAAUUUUGAAGGGAAGCACUGUGCAGAAACGCUAUAGGACAUACACCUUCACCGACGUGACCUCGGCGUUCCUUGCGUCCGCCCAGCAGGAGUUCGCGAGAUGCAGAGGCAUGGAAUACCGAACCCUGGACAUCGAGAUGGACCCGACAGCACAAGGCUUCCAGCCUGAAUUCGACGUGGCGAUUGCGUCGCAGGUACUCCAUGCCACAUGGGACAUAUCGCAAACCCUGCGAAACGUGAGGAAGCUUCUCAAGCCAGGCUCAAAGCUGGUUCUGGUAGAGCUGACACGCAUGCAUCUCGCUACUGGCCUCGUCCUGGGUACACUCCCCGACUACUGGAAGGGCGAGGCUGAUGGACGUGUUGAUAUCCCGUUACUGGGUCGAAGGCAGUGGGAUCACAAACUAAGAGAAAAUGGCUUCUCGGGGAUCGACAUUGUGUUGGACGAUUAUCCAAGCGGUUACGAAUCGACGUCGAUUAUCGUGACGACUGUUGUGGAAGCAAGCGAUCCUUGCAUGACCCUGUCGGAGAGCCACCAGCUUGUUUUCAUCGUGUUGCAGGAUCCGACAUCUCCACUUGCAGUGGGAGUUGCCUCGCAAAUCUCCGAUCACGGGUUUCUGCCUAGCUUGCUUCACAUCCACGAUGUCAGCGACAUCCCUCGUGGGUCCCGGGUCAUUUCCCUUGUGGAGAUCAGCGGAGAGCUUGGAGUAUGCCGUGAUGAGGAGACGUUUAAUUGCCUCAAGGUCCUACUGCGAAAGGAUUCUCGCCUCCUUUGGGUUUCUAACCGCAGAAUGGACACCUCGCUCAAUCCAAACCUUGGAUCGAUGCCGGGAUUGCUAUCCACCGUCUCCCACGAGAUUCCAAAUGUCCGGAUCACGCAGCUCUGUUUCGAGAGAGAUUUACACCCGACACCCGAAAAUGUUGAGCUUAUCGUGAGCCAAGCCCUUCAUCCUCACAAUAGUACAGACUCAGACCGUCUCGAAAAGAUCCAUGUGGUUCGUGAUGGGGUUGCUCAUAUCUGUAGAAUCGAUCCGGAUGAAGAACUGAAUCGAGACUUCAGAGCGCAGGAAUGCCUUGAAACUAUCUCCAGGACGGUUCCUGUCUGGCAAGCGCCCCCUUUCCACGUUGAAUUCGACCAGCCGGGUCUCCUCAGCUCCAUGUACUUCAAGGGAGACCCCGAAUUUGCGCAAGAGCUAGAUAGUGAUCACAUAGAGAUCAAAGUGGAAGCCGCGGGCCUGAAUACGAAAGACAUCGCGAUAGCUACAGGCAAGUUCGAUUGGCCCUACUACAGCACGGAGUGCUGCGGAAUUGUCCAUUGCCUGGGCUCGAAUGUCACUGAGCUCAAGCUCGGCGACCGCGUUGCUGGCGCGAUACCGGGAAAGUUCGAGAACUACGUUCGGUGCCCUGCAUCGAGGGUGCAGAGGUUUGAUGAUCGGUUCGGACCAACCGAGCUAGCGAGCAUGCCGGUCAGCUUUAUGACAGCGAUCUACUCCCUUAUGCACCUCGCCCAUCUGCGAAAGGGCGAGUCGAUGCUCGUCACAUCAGCUGCUGGCGCGCUUGGCUUAGCUGCCAUGCAGAUUGCUUCGAAUAUUGGAGCACAGGUCUAUGCCACGGUGGGCGGCUCUGAGAAGCACAACCUUCUGGAAUCCCGAUAUGGUAUCCCGCACGAAAGGAUCUUCAAUUCGAGGGACGGUACUGCGCCACAGAGGCUCAUGGAAGCCACUGGAGGAAGGGGGGUUGACGUAAUCCUUUCAACAACCGCAGGCGAACAGAUGCACGAAACCUGGAGGUGUAUCGCACCUAUGGGUCGCUUCAUCGAGGUAGGCCGCACAGAUGUGAUAGGGAAGGGCAGAUUGGCGAUGGAGGUAUUUGAACGGAAUGCGACAUUCUCGUCGUUUGACUUGGGUUUGCUGAACCAACAGAGGCCGGACGUGGUGGCGGGUCUGAUGGCCGAGGUGGCCAACAUGUGCACGCGAGGGAUCAUAAACCCGAUCGAGAAUAUCACUACUUUCAAUAUUAGAAGGUUGGAAGAAGCCAUGAUGUUCAUGGGAAAGGGCAGUCAUGCAGGGAAAGUCGUCAUUACGUACUCGGACGAGGAUACCGAGAUCGAGCUACGAGCUUCAACGCCCAAGGCGACAUUCGAUCCCGAAGCGGCCUAUCUACUCGUUGGAUGCCAGGGAGGAAUAGGCGAAGCAAUCAGCCAGUGGAUGGCCGACCGCGGCGCAAAACACCUCCUCUUCCUCUCUCGACGCGGCGAGAAUGGCUCUGAGGAGCCCGCUGCACUUGGGAGUCUCCGGCAGCGCGGUGUAGCCGUCCACAUCGAAGCCUGUGACAUCACUGAUGAGAAGUGCCUAGAAGCCAUCGUGGAGCGGUACGCAGCCACUCGCUCAAUCAAGGGUGUCAUACACGCCGCCAUGGUUCUCGAAGACGCCCUCUUCGAAAAGACCUCCUUCGCCCAACUCCAAUCCGUCCUAGCCCCCAAAGUCCGCGGAACUAUCAACCUGCACCGCGCCACCCUUUCCCAGCCCCUCGCCUUCUUCCUCAUGACGUCCUCCAUCGUAUCCCUCGUCGGCACCGCCACGCAAUCCGCAUACGCCGCAGCCAACAGCUUCCAAGACAGCUUCGCUUCCUACCGGCGCUCGUUAGGCCUACCCGCAACCUCGCUGGCGCUCGGUAUGAUAUCCGACGCCGGGUUUGCGAGUAAAAGGCCGGAGAUCCAGCGCUCGCUGACGCGGAACGGUGUGUAUGGGACGGAGAUUGAGGAGGUGGUUAGGAUGCUGGAUGUGGUGUUUGCAGCGGGGGCUGGGAAGGAGGAGGACGAGGGUAUUGGCGGGGAAGGGGCUAGAUGCCAUGUCCUUUGCGGUCUGGAAGCUGCCAAGAUCUAUGCCAUGGACAGGGAGAAGCUGGGGGAGGAGUUCAUCUGGUCGACGGAUCCGCGCUUUGCGCAUGUCAUGCAGCAGAUCGAAGACUGCCACCUUGCGAGUGCGGAAGGAGGCGGCUUGCACACUGGACCCACACAGGCUGGAGACGGCUCGUCCACGGAGCAACAGCUGCUGGCCCUCGCGUCGGGGUGCGCAAAUUCCGACUCGGCAACGACGGCCCCUCAUGCGGCCCUGGCCGAGCUCGCGACGAAGGCGUUAGUGGAACGCCUGGCCAAGCUACUCUUCUCGCCGGUUGACCAGGUGGACGCGAAAGCGGAGCUGCAGAGUUUCGGCGUGGACAGCAUGAUGAGUACGGAGCUGCGGAGCUGGCUGAGUAAGACCUUCGGGCUGAAUAUGAGUUUCGUGGAGUUGAUGCGGAAGGGAGUCACGGCUGAGACGAUCGGAGGAAGAGUUGUGGAGGUUUUACUGAGCGGGAAAGAAUGAUUGUACGCACGGAAAGCUUGUGCUGAGGUCGUGUUUUAUGUCUUAUACUCU